AGCACACAGCGUUCAGUGUGUGAGAGAGAGCCGGAGCGAAGCAGAGCGAAGAAAACAGAACCAUCAGCGGACAAAACGAAAAAAGCAGUUUGCGUGAAUGGUGUGCGGUGAUUGACGAAAUUCGCCGUCGAAAGUUGGGCAAACAUUUGCAACAGAAGCACGGAAACUGGACACUCUUGUGGGGGUACGAUCGAUGAUCGCCGACCGCCGACCGCAGGGAAUCGAUUAGGGUGCGAAUUUGACUGCGGGAAAUCCCCGUUCGAAGCGGAGCGACCACGGUUUCGACGCGUUUUGUGUGUGUGCUGCUUUAAGUUGUACGGUGUCGUGUUUUUGUAAUGCUCUGAAAACACCGGCGCUCGCCUCCGUGGAACGAAUCCGGGAAGUGCUGUGCCUGAAACUUGAGUCAAAUCCCUAGGGCGCUUACGCAUCCUUUGUUAUUGUUAUUCCCACUUUUUCAAUUGGUGUCCCAUUUUCGCCUGCUUGUGAGAGGAAAGUUGGGCCAGUGUUUGCGCGUAGGGCAGGGGAAAAAUGGAUGUUCAGCAAUUGGAACUUUUGUGCAAGCAGUUCUACGAAUCGCAGGAUGCACAGGCCCGGUCGGAAGCCGAGAAGGCAUUGUAUCUGUUUCAGGAGGAUCCGGACGCUCUUCCCAAGUGUCAGCAGUUGUUGGACCGAAGUAAUUCCAGCUACUCACAGCUACUGGCCGCUACCACGCUGACCAAGUUGGUGUCGAAGAACAUCCAAGCGCUAAGCUUGCAGCAACGAGUUGACAUUCGUAACUACAUUCUGAACUAUUUGGCGACUCAUCCCAAUCUGCAGUCGUUCGUCAUCCAAGCGCUGAUUGCGUUGCUGGUCAAGAUUACGAAACUUUGUUGGGUCGAUCUGUACGAAGAUGAGUACGUUUUCAGGAAUAUUGUGCAAGAUGUGAAGGAAUUCUUGGGAGGCUCUGUCGAGCACUGCAUGAUUGGGGUGCAGAUCUUGUCACAGCUCACGGUGGAGAUGAAUCAGCUGGCGGAGACGGCGUGCAAUCUGACUUUCACCAAGCAUCGCAAAAUUGCCUGCAUGUAUCGAGACUUCCAGCUGUACGAUAUAUUCAUACUGUCGUGUACCUUGCUUAGUCAGGCGAAGGACAACUGCUGUAAGAAUCCAAACUACAUGGACGAGGCACAGCAUGGACUGUUUACGCAUUUGCUCAAUCUCGCGAGGAAUUGUUUGAGUUUUGAUUUCGUGGGUACUUCAGCCGAUGAGUCGGCUGAUGACAUGUCCACCGUACAUAUUCCAACCAACUGGCGACCGGCUUUUCUCGAGUCGGACUCGGUGAAACUAUUCUUCGACCUGUACCACGUGCUUCCGGCGCGAUUGUCUAGUUUGGCGCUGUCCUGUCUCGUUCAAAUAACCUCUAUCAGACGAUCCAUCUUCAAUAACACCGAGCGGAUUAAAUUCCUCGCCAAGUUGGUGAAAGGCGCUACCGAUAUACUGAAAUCUUCUCACGGACUCAGUGAUGCGGAGAAUUAUCACGAAUUUUGUCGGCUACUCGCCCGACUGAAGUCAAACUUCCAGCUGGGAGAGCUCGUCACUGUGGAAAACUAUCCCGAAGCGAUCCAGCUGAUCGCAAAGUUCACCGUUCAAUCGCUCCAGAUGUGGCAGUUCGCUCCCAACAGCAUCCACUAUUUGCUCUCGCUUUGGCAACGCUUGAUAGCUUCCCUGCCUUACGUGAAGUCCUCUGAGCCUCAUUUUCUUGACACAUACACACCGGAAGUGACAAAAGCGUACGUUACAUCGAAGCUUGAAUCCGUUCCGGUUAUUCUACGUGAAGGCCUAGAGGAUCCCCUGGAGGACACCGGUAUGGUGCAGCAACAGUUGGAGCAGUUCUCCACGAUCGGACGCUGCGAGUACGAAAAAACCUGCGCUCUUCUGAUCCAGCUGUUCGAUCAAACCGCCGGUCGCUAUCAGGAGAUUCUCUCCUCGCCGACCACCGUCAAUCAUUUGGACGUGCAGACGUGCGAGGGGCAACUGACGUGGCUGGUGUACAUUAUCGGGGCGGCGAUCAGUGGACGGAUCUCCUAUUCCCACGACGAUCACGAUUUGCUGGACGGUGAUAUGAUCAUUAGGGUGCUGCAGCUGAUGACUCUGACGGACUCCCGGCUGCCCCAGUGUGGCUGUGAGAAGCUCGAGUUUGCCAUCAUGUGCUUUCUGGAGCACGUCCGCAAGGUGUACAUUAACGAGCAUCUGCAGAAGCUGAAGAUGUUCAAGCGUCUAAGCGAGGUUUUGGGGGUGAAUGACGAGACGACGCUGCUGACGGUUAUUAGCAGGAAGAUAAUCACAAAUCUAAAAUACUUUGGCCAUUCGGAGCAGAUCAUCCGUAAGACGCUAGCGCUGCUCAACGACCUGACGCUCACCUUCAGUUUGAUUCGACGGUUGAUCAAGCUGGACGAGAUUCAGUUUAUGCUGAACAAUCACACACGCGAACACUUCUCCUUCCUCGGUACCGGCGCGGUCAGUUCGUUCCGCUGUCGCAGCAUGUUCUACACCUGCCUCGGUCGGUUGCUGAUGGUGGAUCUCUCGGAGGAUGUCGAACGCUUUAACACCUUCAUGAUGCCCCUGACGAACACCAUCGAGAACAUGGUCGUGAUGAGCUUCCCCAGCGAGGAAGCCCGCAAGGAACUGAUCGGACUGUCGCGGGACCUACGUGGACUGACACUCGCUUUCAACUCGAAGUAUCCCUACAUGAUGCUGUUCGACUGGAUUUAUCCAGAUUACUCGCCGAUUUUCAUCCGUGCCGUGGAGCUGUGGGCCCACGAUCCGGCUGUGACUACCCCAGUGCUGAAACUUUUCGCCGAACUGGUAUACAAUCGAUCCCAGCGGUUACAAUUUGAGGUUUCUAGUCCGAACGGAAUUCUGCUUUUCCGAGAAACCUCCAAACUGAUUUGCUGCUACGGCGAACGAAUCCUCUCGCUGGAAGUACCCAAAGAGCAGAUCUACCCGAUGAAGCUGAAAGGCUACGCGGUGUGCUUCCAGAUGCUGAAGGCAAUCCUCAGCGGAAACUACGUCAACUUUGGCGUGUUCAAGCUGUACGGAGACGACGCACUGGACAACGUGCUGAACAUGACGGCAAAGCUGAUCCUGUCGAUCUCCCACGACGACAUUCUGGUCUAUCCGAAGCUGUCCCAGGCGUACUAUAUACUGAUCGAGUGUCUCGCUCAGGAUCACAUCACAUACCUGUCCACGCUGGAACCGCCCGUUUUUCUCUACAUCCUGGAGAGCAUAUCCAAGGGUCUAAACGCGUUAGAUGUUUUGGUUGGAUCCGGAUGUUGUUCUACACUCGAUUAUAUCGUUACGUACAUUUUCAAACAACUUCAGUUGAAAGAAAAGCACAUGCUGCUAGUAUCGACAUUCCCGAACAAGAAGCUGAGGCAGAGUGUGCUGCCGGAGAAUAACGUGUUCCUCAAGGUGAUGGAACUGCAUCCGGAGAUUCUGCAGAAUUUACUCUCGACCCUGCUUAACAUCGUGAUGUACGACGACUGCAAGAACCAAUGGUCGAUGUCGCGGCCGCUGCUGGUGCUGAUACUGCUCUAUGAGGACUAUUUUAGGCAACUUCGAGAGAACAUCGUCCACUUGCAGUCCAUCGAAAAGCAGCAAGCGAUGGCAUGCCUCUUUGACACCCUGAUGGAUAGCAUCGAGCGGAAUCUACACAUUAGAAAUCGUGAUCGAUUCACCCAGAACCUGUCGGCGUUCCGACGCGAUCUCAACGACUCGUUCAAGUCCGGUAACAGCCUGGUCAGCAACCCAUCGGUGAACGAAAUGGUAGUUUCCUAGUAACUUUAGCAAACACUUCUUUAAUCACAGCUGUCCUCGUGUCUCCUAUAUAUGCAUAUAUUUUACACAUAUACACGUAUAUGGGCCUACGAUUAUUAGAGUACCCACUAAGUCAAGCCAGAUCGUUAGUAUAUGCAAAGCAGAAAUUGAGUGGCUAGUGGCUGGUCGGAUGGCUGUAAAAUGGCAAAAUGUGUUGUCUGAGAGCAUUGAUUGUGAUGUAGCAGAAAAGCGUUGAAGCGAACAAUAAAGUUAGUGAUCAGUUUUAAUGCACGCGUACGACAGGUCCUGUACAGAUUUCCAACUUUGAAUUAUGUUUCCCUUUUAUGCGGUAUUGGAACUGAUUACUGGCUAAUGCACUGUUGGGGAGAGAAAGUAAAUAAGAGCAGAAACAAGAACAAUUUGGCAUUUAAUAUCUAGGACGCGUUUCGGUUUACCUCUCGAGGGGCAUAAAUCAUUCAUCCAUUUUCAUUCCUUCUAUCAAUCAAACAAUCAAAUCGAACCAAAUCUGGAUCACUUUUUCACAUUUCCUUCCUUAUUUUCUCCGCAGCUUGACUAACGCGUGCGCAUUUCGUCCUGUCCUUCAUCUCUCGGGUGAAGAAAAGGAACAUUGGGACCCCUCGACCUCCCGGUUUUUUUUCGAUUUAGGUUACCUCUGUUACCCCCAUUGGUGUGCUAAAAUUGGUCCCAGAAGUAUCCCGGAAAUGUCAACCACUUCUUUUUCACUUUUUUUUAUUGUAAUUUACAUGAACUGCAACUUGCAUUUGAGCAAUUUAAAGUCGAUUGAUUAUAAUCGACACUGGAGAGUGUGUGAAGGUGUGCAGAAAUGGUUAGCGAGAGGGAAUGAUCCCCAUGAGGAGCGUAUAUCCUCUUUUUUUCUGCGGAAUGUGGACAGAAAAAAAAUUAAAAAUUUAAGGUGUGUAUGAUUUUCUUUUUUUUUGCAUCAAUGAAUGAAUGCUCUCGAUUUAAUUUUUCCAAAAGAAACUGACAAACGAGCGUAUAUUUAUAGUUUUUAGUAGAGUAAAAUGUCCAGCUGAAAGAUCUUCUCAUUUGAACGAGAGGAUAUAUUGUUACAUAAUUACACACGUUGGUAAAUAAGUUUAUAUGUGAAACGAAGAUAGUAAACAGUAAGUGGAAGUCAGACAAGCCCGUACGUUAGAUUGGUAGGCAGGUAAAACAAAUACUACAUGUAAAAAAUCACACACACGCACUCCGCUAUGAAAAGAAAGCUAAACAUCCCGAUUAGUAAAAAAAAGUUAGUGUAAAAAUAAUAUUCCAAUCAAAGGACAGCGCUUGUGAGAGAGAGUGUGUGGAAGAUAUAAGCAGGUAUAAAAAAUACGAAAGAAAUUAACAAAAAAAAAAGCAUCGUGAGAGUAAACCAAGAAUAUAACUUUUAAGCAAAUUAACUGAGUUGUAAAAUUGUGCGUUUAGCGAAAUGCAGGAAACAAUUAUUGAGCCAGACAGAGGUGGGUCCGCAGAGAGAGAGAGAGAGAAAGAGGGUGGAAAUAGAAAGUCGGUAUUAGA